AUGCCCUCCUCAGAAGAAAUGUCCAAAGUCGACGGCGACACCCUCCCCUCAUCACAGGUCGAAAACGCACAGGUCUACAACUCGCGCAACCCCCUCCUCCACGACCUCGACGGUCUAACCCUCUACGAGAAGAAAUGCGUCCUCAUCAACCGCGAGAUCGACGCCCAAGGAAUGGGCAAAUACCAGUGGUACAUCUGGGGACUCUGUGGCUUCGGCUAUCUGCUCGAUCUCCUCUGGGCGCAGGCUUUUGGUCUGGUGCUUGGGCCGCUGCAGCAGGAGCUGGGCUUUGGACGUGAUGAGUCGGGGAAUAUCUCGACAAGCUUCAAUGCUGGGCUUACGGCGGGGGCGUUUGUUUGGGGGUUUUUGGCGGAUAUUAUUGCGUUUGUCGGCUUUGGUGUAGGAGGAAAUAUUCCCAUCGACACCACGAUUACUCUCGAGUUCAUUCCUCAGAACAAACGCUUCCUCUUGGCCUGUUUGUCUGUCUUCCAACCUAUUGGAGUCGUUCUCUGCAGUGCUAUUGCCUUUGGCUUCAUUCCAGUCUUCGCAUGCUCUCCCAACUUCUCCGAGUCCGAUCCUCUGGUAUCAUGCAACAAUGCCGAGGCCGGAGAAAGAUGCUGUUCCCGAGGCGACAACAUGGGAUGGCGAUAUCUUCUCUUCACAAUUGGCGGUAUCACUCUGGCAGUCUUUAUACUCCGUUUUCUUAUCUUCAACUUCCGCGAGACCCCCAAGUAUCUCAUCUAUCGCGGUCGUGACGGCCAGGCAAUUGAGACGCUUCAGCAUAUGGCCAAGGUGAACAAGAAGCAGUGUGGACUCACUCUUGAGCUAUUCGAGUCACUCCAGGCAGAUGAUAGCUCUCUUGGAAGUGGUAAUAGUGCAACACCUGCUCUGGGAGCGGGAACAAAGCAGCUUAACAUGGCGUGGUCUCAAAAGGCCAAGCUUGAGCUGUCGAGAUACAAGAUGCUGUUUUCCAGUCCCAAGAUGACUCGUCUUACAGUUCUUGUAUGGUUGACGUAUAUCAUGGAUUACUGGGGAUUUACCGUUGCAGGCUUCUACCUGCCCAGUAUACUUGCCCUAAAGAACGGUGCUGCAUCCGUCAGUCUCAAAUCGACUUAUGCUGCAUACAUCUACACCUAUGCACCUGGAAUCGUCGGAGUACUCCUCGGUGCAACACUUUAUCGCAUCCCAGCUAUUGGCCGUAAGUGGACAAUGGUUCUAUCAGCUGCACUAAUGGGCAUCUCCAUCAUCCUCUUCUCAACAGUCGAUACGCGUGCCAAGAAUGAAGGUCUCUUCACCAUGGAAUACUUCUUCCAGUCCAUGUUCAACGCCGUGCUUUACGGUUGGACUCCCGAGGCCUUCCCUGCACCAAUCCGUGGUACAGCCUGUGGCAUUGCAGGAUUCUGGGGUCGACUGUUUGGCAUUGUGAGUCCGUUGAUUGCGCAGCAUCUGUAUGGUCGCACGGGUGAGAACGGACAGGGUGAUAUAAACAGCGUCCUGUAUCUUGCUGGUGGUGUCAUGCUGGGCUGUGUUAUCACAACAGCUCUGCUGCCGAACGACAUGAUGGAGAGUAAGGACGAGAGGUCGUGA